AUGUCAGAAUCCAGUUCAACAAUCUCACAAUUUGUAUAUAAAUUCGGGGCUUCUCACCAUGUUACUUCAGACCCAAUUAAUGUUGUCCAAUUUGAAUCAAUUCAAGGCCAGGAUCAUGUUUUCCUCGGGUGUGGUCAAGUUUUGCCCAUACAGCAUGGUUUGGUCCCAGUUAUAUUGCUGGGAGCAACUCUCAGAUUCAGAGUUUCUCUCAGCAGCAUGCAACAUUGCAGCUAUCUUUCCACGUUCUCAGGGGUCAUCCUCUUCCACAUCAGCAACUGUAUCACUUCUCCUAAGAGCAUCCUACGCAUGUUCCACCUCUAA